UUGGUUUUUGUGUCGAUCACUCGGAUUUUUGUUUGUUGGAUACUUGUAUUUUGAUAAAUACUGAUUGUUUGGUGAUUUAGUGUAACGAUUUUGCCUUAAAAUGAUUUAAAGCUUUAUUUGGUUUGAUAUCCAUACAGUUCUAAUCAAUCAGUAUGGUUCCUGUGGCUAUCGAGGGCUGUGCCCAGGGGUCGGAAGGUGGCGGUCCCCGUGGCGGCUCCAUAUCCCUCGCUUUUCUGAUCGACUUCAUUGUCCAAAGAACCUACGAUGAACUCACUGUGCUGGCUGAGUUGUUGCCACGAAAGACCGAUAUGGAGCGGAAGAUUGAGAUCUACAAGUUCAGUGCUCGCACCAGACAGCUGUUUGUGCGUCUCCUUGCACUGGUGAAGUGGGCCAGCAGUGCCACCAAAGUGGAUCGGUCUGCACAUAUCAUGAACUUCUUGGACAAACAGGCAUUGCUGUUUGUAGAGACUGCAGAUGUAUUGGCUAGAGUCGCCCGGGAAACACUAGUUCAUGCCAGACUGCCCACCUUCCACAUGGCGGCCGCAGUAGAGGUGCUGACUCUGGGCACAUACAGCCGGCUGCCAGCCGUGGUUCGCGAGCGCCUAGUGCCGCCGCCUUCGCUCACGCCAGCCGAGAAGCGAUCCACACUGCGGGCUCUGGCUCAUGUGGUCAGGCAGAGACUGACUACUGCUUCACUGCCCAAUGAUGUUAGGAAUUUGAAGGUGGAGAACGGUCGCGCCACGUUCACAGUGGGGCAAGACUUCAGCGUGUCGCUGACGGUGAUGGGCGACGCGCCCAAUCUGCCGUGGCGGCUGCUCGACAUCGCUAUACUGGUGCAGGACAACGAGACCGGAGAGGGCAAGCCGCUAGUCCACAGCUCACAGCUCAACUGGCUGCGCGGGGUGGCGCAGGCGCGCCUCGCCGCCGCCGGGCUCAGUGGCGCCCUCGCCGCGCUCAGGUUCUUCUGUCGCUCGCUGUCGUUGGAGCUUCUGUACACGCAGACGCUGAGGCUGUGCAGAGACCGCCUGUCCAAGCAUCUGCAGGUGGAUAGGUACACGCCAGGCCAGAGGCUUCAGGUGUCGUAUUGGAGAGAGCUAGGCUGCGAGCUCGGCUACCGCCUCAUCAUCGGCGCAGAGGGCGACAACCUGUGCGCGUGGCACGUCCCAGCCCUAGCUGGCGGCGAGCGAGUGGCAGCGGCAUUGAGUCCACACGCGCCAUCUAUGGAGCGGCUACUGGCUCACACGGUGCACGUGAGGUCGAGGCAACGACUGGCUGAUCUGAAGCUGCUGCUGAAUGAGCUUGGGGUGGAAUGCACAGUGGGCGGCUGGCCGUGCGUCCUGGCCUGCUCAGUAGCCGCCCCGUGCCUUCGAGCAGAACAACUCUUAGUCUCAGUAGGCGCGCACGCGGGCCGGCUGCGCGCGCGCGUGCCCGCCUACCCGCACGCGCCGCGCAUGCAGGAGUUAGCUACAGCACUGAAUGCAGCUGAUACUAAUGUUAUAAAGGGGCUGUUGACGCAACUCAGGUUCUGGCUCGUAGCGCGUCGUUGCGAGAAAACCCUGCAACAUCUCCCGGCCAGCGUCUGUGAACACUUGCCCUUCUUGCCCGGGCCCGACCACCCGUUGCAGCAGCUGUCGCCCCACAGGCUGUACGUGACGCUGCACCGACACACGGACCAUAUACUUGUAGUAGAAAUGAAAGAAGUCGCCGCCGGCACAUCAGCCACCAGCAGCAACAGCGCCAACACCAGCAGCGCGUGGUCCGUGGCCCUGACCUUCCACCUGGGCGCGGCGGUGCGCUGCACGGCGGACGAGUGCGAGGGGGGAGGGGGAGGAGCAGCGGGGGGCGGGGCGAGGGGCGCGGGGGGAGCGCGCGCGUUCUUGAGGUUGACGUCAUUGGUGGAGCUUGAUGCGUUCACGCUGACGCACCCGCCGUUCACGCCGAUCGAUACGCCAGGCAUGCAGCCGGGCAAGCGCAAGCUCGGCGGGCACUCCCUACGAGCAGCACGAGGCCGCCAACCAGCUUACUUCCUGCCGGAGCUGGCGCACGUGGUGGCCGCGGCCGACGAGCGCGUGCCCACCGUCAACCUGGCGCAGGAGCUAGCAGCGCGCGGCGUGACCCACGGCGGCGUCCAACCAGAAUGGAGCGGGUCAGCAUUAGGCAUGCGCAUAGUGUCCCUCCCCACGCCGCCCGGCGCAUGCGCAGUGGCCGCCGACGCGUUGCGAGCGCGCCUAUUGGCUGCCACUCUGCGGCUGACCACUAAGAACCAGGCGAGGGUUUGGACGGCGGAGAUUGUGUUCCAUGGCUCGCCGGUUAGGACUCCUAAUCCUAAGGAGCAAGGAGAGCGCCGCUGCGUGUACCUGCAGUACGAGCUGGGCACGGAGGCGGCGCGCACGGCGGACGCGCUGCUGCAGGACUGGAGCGCCAUCGUGCACCUGCACGAGCUGCUGCACGGCUUCAUGCAGCGCCCGAGACAGGAACGCGAAACACUCUGGGCGGGCAUCUGCAUCCGUUCCUACACGUACCGAACCCUGGUCAUCGGCUUCGGAGCCGGCCAGCGAGCCACCGCCGUCAUACAGUGGAGCGCAACCACCCAGCGGUACAGAGUCGCCACCCCCGCGCACCAGCCCGCCAACAACGCACACCACGUCAUACACCACCACCUCGACCACUACCUCAACUGGCACAAAGACCUCAUGUCACUAGGCGUAGUCCUUCGAGAGACCUACGCCCCGCUACUAGCACUGGGCCGGCUGCCCACGCUGCCUCAACUAGGGCUCCAUCAUGUCAGGACGCAGAUGCCGACGCCCACGUUCACACUGUUAGCGCACUCUUGGAGGAAGAUCCGCAUAAUCUACGCGGGAGCAUAUUCCCUAGAGGUGUGCAUCCGCGGCGGCGGCGUGGUGUCCGUGCGCGACGGCUCCUACUCCAAGUUCGACCGCUCCUCCGUCGUCGACGAGUUCGCGCCCGCGCAGGGACUCAAGGCGUUCUUGUCCCGCUACGUGGACGACAGCGUGAGCGCGCGCCUGCUGGCCGAGGACGACAACCCGCCCUCGCCCGUGUCGCCUAUGCCGCCCGGGGGCCUCCGGUUCACGGCGCCGCUGACGCCGCCGCAGCCGCACACGCCGCACUCGGCGCCCGUCACGCCGCACCCCGCCUCGCCCGCGCAACACGCCAUCGGCAGCAGUUCCUUCAACCUCACCUCCCCGCCAGUCGUCGGCUCAGUAUCCGCGUCGCCGGCGUCCCCCCUCGCCCCCUCCCCGCUGGCGGCGUCCCCGCACCCGCCCCCCACCUCGCCCUUCACCACGUGGCCCGCCUCGCCCGCGCACCACCAUCAUCAUAAAGGUCCCCAACCAACAGGCCAAUCCCGCGUCCUAGUAGGCGGGCGCGCCUGGGCAGGCGCCACCGCCACGCCCGUGCCUCUAGGCGCCCUAGAGGCCCUGUGCGCCCCGAGCGAGCCGCCGCCCGCCGCGCCGCCCGGCCCGCCGCUCGCGCCGCUGCAGCGGUUCUUAGCUUGUGUGUAUAUGAAGAGGACGCUUCAGAGGACUGUGCAGCAGGAGGAUUAUCUAACCGGCGUAUCAGCGGAGGCCACCAGCGUGACGUUCCGCUGCGAGGGCGCCGGGCUGCUGGCGCGCGCCGCGCUGCACCCGCAGCACAUGCAGAGUCUACACCUGCAGCUGACGCCGCUGCCUGAUCAUAAGGAUACCUGGCCGCAUGAGGACCUGCAGGUAAUGGAGAAAUUCUUCGACCAGCGCGUGGCAAUAUCCCCCUACCGUGCUACAGCCCUGCAAGGCUGGGCGCGCAUCUGGGGCGCUCCGGGGGCGGCUCUACCGUCCCUCGUGAACCUCAUGAGGGCGGAGCUGGCGCCGCCGCCCAACGCGCUGUGGGCGCUGCAGUGGGCGCUGCGCAUCCCGCCCGCCGCGCCGCAGAUCGUGCCCGCUGGGCAGCCGGCGGUGCUGCUGGCUAAGAACAAGAUACUGUUCUUUAUCUGCCUGACCCGCGGCGAGACGCAGCUAGUCCUACCGCUAGUGUACGACAUGCAGCAGAACAACACGCAGCUGGCGGAUAAACGGGACACGCAGCCGCACCUGCUCGCCGUCAACUUGCAUCUUAAGAGAUUCAGCGAGUUCAACCAGAACCACACGGAGUGUACUCUCUGGCCCGCAGUGCGCGACCUGCUCACCAACUUCGCGCUGCCCCAGGACGCCGCGCCCGCCGCCGCGCCGCCGCCUACGUAGACGUAGCUAGAUGUAGUUAGAGGAUACAUGAACGCAGCCGCGGAGUUAGUGGCUACAUGAACUGUUGUUUCUCUGUGAAAGGUGUAAAUAGGUUGGAAGUUAUUAUACUGAUGAUUUAAUCACUUAGAAUGAGGAUUUUGUUGCUUAUGUUUUGUUUCUCUAAAAUCAUGCUGUUGCACACUACUCGUAAAGAAAAUCAAUUUGAAUCUGAUUAUUUUUUGUUUUGUUGGUUUAAACGACUAGGUUCAGUAAGAUGUAUAAUGUGACGACACAAAUAAAUGAUUUCAUAAUUUAUUUAAUUAAGAUUCACUUGAUUCAAGAACUUCCGUGAAUACAAAUAUAAUGCAGAAGGUGUAGCGAAUACGUAGGUGUGUUUAUAAUAAUACACCAUCUAAAUUAAUAUUCUAGGAAAUAACAUUGAAUCUGUAAAUAUUUUUUGAAAAUAAACACUGUUUUUAUAUA